AUAGUUGCAGUGAUUAGAUUUAGGAUGUUCAGUACAUGAGAGUCAGUUAGAUGAGAUUAACAAUAUAAUAGCUUAAACUCGAAAAAGCAAUCACUACAACAUGGCAGGAUGUCCGUCGAUCAAUUCUCCCAGGAACGUGUACCACUAUUUCUUAGAGGACUUCUUUUCUCAUAAGCUGGUAAUAGCUUUUGGUGUUGCAUUUGCAAUUACUCGACUGACAUAUGGUUUGGUGGAGGUUAGCACGACAUUAUGCACCAUCGAAAAAUACGCCUCAAUACUUUUGGUCACGAAGGGUUUUAUAGAAUUGAUCAUGCUUUGGGCACCGUUGGUGAUCUUCCGAUUUUUUGACAUGGUUGAACGUGCCAGUAUCAACCCUUGUUUCGAAAUAUAUGUCUAUGUAUUUACGCUGACAGAGUUUGUGCUACUUGUUUUGGAAAUUGUUUGGUGUUCAGGAUACUAUACAGAAAUGAAGUCAACCUGCAAUUCAGCCGAUCCGAACUGGAAAGUUCACUUUGGAAACUUCGUCAUCUCCCAGACUGUUAUAGACGGUUUAGUAUGGAUUGGAACAAUAUUUUCACUUUGUUUCCGUAUGUUCGACAUCGAUUACGCAAAUCAUAAAAACGACAUGAAUCGCGAUAGUUCGGAACAUGCUAAUUCUUGAGUGUCAUAACUCCUCUCGGAAUUUCAAAGCAUCUACAAUUAAACAGGCGACAUGUUUCAUUAUUAAAUUUUAUUUAAUCUAAAAUAUGUGAAAUUAAGUAACGUUAGACCAGUUGGAUUGCAUAAUCUCUAAAAACGAAGCACAAUAGAAUGAAGUGGUUUUUGAUUUCUACAGCAUUUAUUGUAUAUAUGACUAUCCAAAUUGUUUUAGAUACAUUUGAUGAACAUUUUACUUUGACAUUUGCGAGUUGUGUUCAGCAGUUACCCUGCUCUUUGUGAAAUGUGUUGAAUUGGAUUGGACAAUAAUUGAAGUAAUUAUGGUCAAUUCAGGGGCUACCCUUGGACCGCUUAAUUGCUGGUGGAUUCUUCUGUUACUGUUACCAGGAAUAUAAUAUAAAGCAUGUAAUAGACAAUAAGAAUAAUUUCAAAAUUUUUACCAGUUAAGUAUAUUAAAACUGAAAAUUUAAAAAUCAUCUGCUGUGUAUUCUUUUUUCAAUAAAAUGAAUUGUAAUUGGUGUCAUGCUCAUUGAUUGAAAGAUCUUUAGACGAUUUUGUAAUUGAUAGUUAACCAUAGCGUCUGAUCGUCCGGGAGUCAAAAGUUUAUAGUUAAUAACGCGUGGUUUGAAUAAGGAAACAUUCUAUGUAAGUAGUAUCCUUGCAAUAGGUUUAUUGGUACAUGUUGUGUCAAUAGACACCGCACGCAAGAAGUGGUUGAAGUUUUUCGUUGGGUUAUAUCAACUAACAUAUUUAAAAUGCGGACUAUAUCGGCGUUGUCCAUCGCAAAAACGUACACAUUUUCAGGAUCAGUUGACGUGUUUAAAACUUGAAUACAUACAAUGUCGCGUAAGUCGUUUUAUUUUACGCAAUACGGCUAUAUGUAUAAUAUUUUGUGUUUAGUUGUGCCGAAAAACAGUGCACCGGGUUUGUUUAACUAAUAAAAGGGCAGCUUGGAUUCCAGGCGACGAGUAAACAUGAAAACAAGCCUUAACCAAAAUCACGUUCAUUUAUUAUAUGGUUUCUACUAAUUUAUUUAUAUGUAAAUACACUAAUGAUCGCGUUUUUUGGGAUCCAAGGAUCGCAAUAAAUAUUGUCAGGUAUUUCAUGUAAAUAUAUAUUCAUAAGCACAGUUAAUGUAAAAACAUGUUCUUCACAUACUUUGUGUGGUUGCAUCUAAUAUUAAACGUUAUAUACAUAUGUUAAA